GAUUGCAGACGGAGCACUACUAGGGCAGGCUGGAUUGUGAUAGCGACAGAUGUCUAGAAAAACUGCGAGGGGCACUUCUCAGUUACAGCACAGUCCCAGACUGCACCUCGGAGAGUAGGGGCGGAAUCUGCAGCUGUCACUCCAAAGGUUUACCUCCAUUAUCACAUCCAGCCGGAUCUUGGAAAAGGAGCUCAAUUGACCACUCUCUAGAAAUACAGGAGACACCAUGGGAGGCAAACUGAGCAAGAAGAGGAAGGGAUAUGAUGUGAGUGACCCCAAAGAGACGAAGGAUGAGGCUGCAGCAACAGUACCUGGUGAGGGAGAGUCUGUUAAAGUGGAGGAUGCUGCCCCUCCCACAGAAGCUGAAUUGAAAGCUGAAGCUGGCAAUGUGGUGGCACAAGCUGUGGAAUCAGCUGCGGCAGAAGUAACUGAAGCUGCUCCGGAGGAGCCCAAAUCUGCACCUCCAGAAGAACCAGCUGCAGCCACAGAGGAAGCACCUCCAGCACCAGAAGAACCUGCUGCAGUUGCAGAGGAAGCACCUCCAGCACCAGAAGAACCUGCUGCAGUUGCAGAGGAAGCAGCUCCAGUACCAGAAGAACCUGCUGCAGUUGCAGAGGAAGCACCUCCAGCAUCAGAAGAACCUGCUGCAGUUGCAGAGGAAGCAGCUCCAGUACCAGAAGAACCUGCUGCAGUUGCAGAGGAAGCAGCUCCAGUACCAGAAGAACCUGCUGCAGUGGCAGAGGAAGCACCUCCAGCACCAGAAGAACCAGCUGCAGUUGCAGAGGAAGCAGCUCCAGUACAAGAAGAACCUGCUGCAGUUGCAGAGGAAGCAGCUCCAGUACCAGAAGAACCUGCUGCAGUUGCAGAGGAAGCAGCUCCAGUAUCAGAAGAACCAGCUGCAGUCACAGAGGAAGCAGCUCCAGUACCGGAAGAACCAGUGACAGUAGUAGAAGAACCAGUUGUAGCAGCAGAAAAAUCUGCUCCUUCAGCAGAGGAACCAACUCCAUCUCCAGCAGUGGAGGAAUCAACCCCGGUAGUAGAGGAACAAGCUCCAGUAGAACUAUUAGAGGCUACAGCAACAGCAACAGAGGAACCUUCUGCUCCAGUACCAGAAGAACUUGCACCAACCGAGGCUGAAGCUGAGUCUGCAACUGCACCCGAAACGGUCCCUGUAGAAGAACCUGCUGCAGUUGUAGAAUCUGUGCCAGAACCAGUGGUUGUUCCUGUCAGCACAGAGGAAGCACCCAAAGACCAAGAGCCUGAGCCUAUCCCAGAGACUGUUACUGAGCCGGAAGCCAUUGUGGAGGAGGCAGUGCUGCCUGCUUCUGCUCUUGAAUCUGAGCCAGCUGCAGAGCCAGCACUGCAACAAGCCCUAGAGCCAGAACCAGAGCAAGCAGCAGAACCAGAGCCAGAGCAAACCCUAGAGCCAGAAUCCGAAAAAGCAGUAGAGCCCGAGGCAGAACCAGUGAAAGAGCCCGAGGCAGAACCAGAGCAAGAGCAAGCCCCAGAGCCAGAGCAAGAGCAAGUCCCAGAGCCAGAACCAGAGAAAGUACUAGAGCCAGAGCCUGAGCAAGAAGCUGAUACACCUGCAGCAGAGGAAAAAGUACAAGAAGUUGAGCCAGAACCAGUAGUACCCACAUCUGAACUUGAGACUGUGGAAGCAGCAGCAGCACCUGAGGAGUCUGCAGCAGAGGAGGUCCUCACUGAAUCUCAGCAUGCAGAAGAGGAAUCAGUCGCAACAGAAGCCUCCAGCACUGAGGUGUCUGCUGAGCCAGAAGCAUCAGAACCUGUACCUGAGAUUAUCAUUUCUGAGUCUGUAUCUGCCAGCGAUGUUACUGCUGAGUCUGAAGAGGCAGCCCAAACUUCUGUGGAAGAGGUGCCUUGCCCAGAACCUGAGGUAGAGAGCAAGAUGGAAAAUGGAGAUGUGGAGAGCCCUUCUCUUACAGAGGGUGUGGCAGAAGUAGAUGCACUUCCAGCUGUGAAUGGAGAAUGCACAGAAUCCACUUCCACCACUGACACACAGAAUGAAGAAUGUGUUAAUGGUAGUGAAAAACCAGAGGAGACGCCUGCCAAGGUGCAGAGUGACUUUGAACUGAAAAAGGACGUGAACCUGAGUGGCGAUGUCCAGGAAGUACCAGACGCAGUGUCUGACAUGGUGGAGGCUCCCAGCACUGAGGUCACCCAGGCAGUCUGAAAAGAAGCUAUCUUUCAAAUUAAUGUGAAUCCAGAUUAACCUUCCGAACAUGCAAGAAAGCCAUCAAAGGUAUCACAAACACAGCAAGGCUUUCUGAAAUGCUGAAACCACCGCAAUGUUCUAUAGUGGUAACUCAGGCAAAUGGAUGUUUUCUUUUGAGUAACCAAAAACGAAAUGCAACCACUUGAGAAUAGAAAGAGACACAGAGAGAGAGAGACAGAUACAGACAGAGAGUGAAAGCAUGUGAGGUGGAAGUGCAGAGUUGAGACUAGAGUUUGGAAUUUGAGGCAUGAGUACAGAUAGGCAGUCAAAAUGGACAGCAGAGCAAAAAAUACUGGACAAUAACUACAAUAUUAAUGAAUGAAAUGAAUAAAUUUGUCUUUGUGUGAGCCCGAUGAAUAUUACAAAGUCGUUUAUUGGAACAGCAUUCAUUAUUAGUAUAUUAUCUGAUUUAGAAUUUCAUAUAUCCUUUCUAUUACUAUAUGCAGAGACAUGAAAUAAAUGUUUUGGCCUUUUAUAAUAAUGGUACCUGUGAGGACUGUUAAUUUUAAACUGAUUGUUCGGAAUAGAGAAUAAAAAGAGAUUGUUAUAGCCUA